AUGGCUGCAGUCAUUACGUUACCGACUUUUAUUUGCAUCACUUCUCUUUUGUUGUUACUGAGUGUCAACUGUCUAACAGGAUGGAGAGCGGACAUUAGCGGUCUCGACCUCUUUCGAUCAAAGCGCCCCCAAUCGAUAAACGGCAAUCGUGUCGAACGUGCUGACCAAGCCGACGAUAAGGAUGAUGAACAAGAUGGUGGAAAGGAAGAUGGUAAGAAAGGAGAUAACAGCACAGAGAAAAAUUGGAAAUAG